AUGCACAAGAGCAGGUCCGAGAGUAAGGAAAAUGUACUUUUACCUACGCUUGCAUCAAACCGAGCAAAGCGCCCAGUUUUGCACAAGCAACAAACCGGGCUGCAGCCUGAAAGCAACUUACCACUGGCUGCUGCCAAGGACAACCUUCACUUCUUCGUCUACAGGCUCCAUCCUCAGUCCGCCAGCAGCGGACGUGAAGAAGAGACCGAGGCAAACACUGGUCAUGACCAGCAGCUUUCAAGGCGCCUCCAUCGCAUCCUGCACGAGAUCCUCUCCUCUGAAACUCAGAGCUUCUACAAGAUCUACCCCGGCAAGACCUACCUCGACAUGGACUGCGUGCCCUACCUGGCUGCCCUCGAGACAAGGGUGACCAGAGCCAGAUACCUGUGCAACUGCUCCGUCUUCGUGCCCGUCAUCACCUGGGGUCAGGAACACAGCGUGCUGGAGGAGCUCGCAGCGAUCGACGAGGCGCACGACCGUGAGAGUGACUUCCUCGUGCACGCGCUGGCAGCGCUCUACCUGCUCAACAAGGACGCCGGGAGACUCAAGGCCGUGCUACCCAUCCUGCGGGACGAGUCCGAGGGACGCACCUCCCUCUCCAGCGCGUGCGGGAGCCUCAGCAGGAAGCCGUCGGUACGCAGCUGCGCGCGGGCGAGCGAGCUGAUACAAGCAGGAGGCGUCCGGAGGGACAGAGAGGCGAUACUCGAGUACCUGCUGGGAGUCUCGGUGCAGGAGGCGGUGGCGAUGCUGCUGCCUGCGGGGAGGAGGGCAGAGGUCGGGCUGGGGGAGGAGACAAGGAGAGGGAAGGGGAGCAAGGGAGUGGCUGGCAUGUACGUAGACUCAACCGGAGAUGUCGAGAGAAGCGCGAGGGAGGCGGGGGAGCUGAUAGCACACUGUCUGGUGAGGGUGGUGAAGGAGCACAUCGACCGAAAGCUGUGGGAGUUCUCGAAACACAACCCUCGGGGGAUCGAGGUGCUGCAGGUACUGCAGGAGACGGGGAUGUAUGACAAGUUCAACGAGUACUUCGCGCUGCGGGGCAUCGAGACCCUGGACAAACUUCCUCUGUUCACGAGAGCACUGUCGCAGGCUCAAAGUUGCAUUCAGAUAGUGGAAUCUUGCCUUGACAUCACAGCAUACAAUGCUUCAGACGAGAGCUCGAUCCGGACGCUCGAGAAGCUGGUGGAGGACUACAAGAAGGACGAGCGCUUCCUCCCUCUCAACGACAGGCUCAGGCAGUACCGAGACGCUGACGUCAACGGGGUCCUCGCCCUCCGCACCACCAACUCCCUCGAGACGGCCCUGGUGAAGCUGCCGGCGAGAAGCUGCAUCGUCUUCCUCAGCCUGGUGUACCUUGUGUUCGGGAUCAAGCAGCUGGGCCCGAUCAUGUCCGACCAGGUCUGGCUGCCGGACAAGAGCUCGGGCACGCCCGUCAAGCCCAAGACUGUGAGGAUAUCGGUCAUGGCAGAUCCGAUCAUCAGCUUUGCGUGGAGCUUGUUGUUCUUGAGCGGGGUGCUGCUGGGGCUGCUGAGCACACCGUUACGAGCCAAGUGGCUGCUGCUGUCAACGGGGCAUCUGGUGCUGACGGCCAACGUGGCCUGCAUGGUAGCCGACUUUGUGCAGUGCUCGACUCAGGGGACGGGGAUAGGAGCAGAGUGUAACGGUUUCUCGGAUAUAAUCACUGUGAGCUUUCUGGCUAUCAUGAUGUACCUGGCGCAUUUCGUGCAGCACUACUUCUGGAUGGCUGCCUUCCUCGCUCAAGGGGCUUACUGCUUCUACUCGGCUCUAGCUCUUGACAAUCAGUUCAGGUACGUGAUGGUCUGCCUCGGGGUAGGUUGCUGGCUGGUGGAGCUGGCGAUCGCGGUGGAGUAUCACCGGGCGUACGCCAGGACCUUCAGGGACCUCAAGGCAGCCAUGCGAGGCUUCGAGGACACUUGGACCAGCGUCGUCGAGGAGAGCUCGCACGUAGUGCAGGAGAUUAGCGCGCGAGUCGGGCGAUCGCUCAAGAGCUGGAGGAGGUGA